UAAAAAAAAUUGUGUUAAAAAAAUAAAAAUUAAAACAAAUACAUAAAUAAUUAAAAAUUUAUUAAAUUUUAAAGUAAAAAUUCUAAUUUUAAAUCUCUAAUUUUGAUAUCCUUUUUAUACAUGUUAUUUAUUUGCUACCUCGGUAUUUGGACAGGAGUACUGUUUUGGUGUUGCAAAGUUUUAAUUAAAUUGUAGUACAUACUUGGUAUUUUCAAAGUGAAAAAUAAUUUUAGUAAAAACAUGGCUAGCGAAAAAGAAAAUGUUUUCCUCUUUGUACCUAAUAUUAUUGGGUAUUUGAGGAUUGUUUUGGCAUUACUUUCAUUUUAUUAUAUGCCGCACAACUAUAUAUCGUGCUCUAUUUGUUACAUAGUAAGUGUUAUUUUGGACGCUUUUGAUGGACAUGCUGCCAGGUACUUUAACCAGUCGUCCAAAUUCGGAGCUAUGCUUGAUCAAUUGACCGAUAGAUGUGGAACAAUGGGCUUGUUAGUCACACUCUGUAUUUUUUAUCCGAAAUACAUGUUAAUCUUUCAGUUAUCAAUGGUCAUUGAUAUUUCUUGUCAUUGGCUGUAUUUACACAGCACGAUUUUGAGCGGAAAGUCCUCUCACAAGCUCAUUGACUUAUCGGGCAAUCCUGUUAUGAAACUCUACUACGAGUCUAAAUUGGUUUUGGGAUUCAUGUGCAUGACAAACGAACUAUUUUAUGCUGGAUUGUAUUUGUAUCAUUUCACUCCAGGUCCAAUGAUUCUUGGACUCUCUUCAAUAAAACUCGUAAUUAUGUUGACCAUGCCGUGCGCAAUAGUUAAAACGCUCAUUUCAGUCAUACAUGGUUACGUUGCUUGCUGUAACAUUGCCACCCUUGAUGUUGCCGAAAGGGAAAAAUUGAAGCCAAAUUAAUGAAAUUAAAAAAAUCCAAAGCUGAGCUGGUCCAUUCUCUUCAAUUAAAUGUAUGAAAAUGUAUUUGGAGAUAAACAAAAUUUUAUUUGAGUGUUUUGACCAUUCCAAAAUGCAGAAAGAAAACUGUUUAUUUUUGAAUUUUUUUUCAUUAUCAAAAAAAAUUAGAAUCCAUCAAAUAUGUGAAUGUCAAUAAUAUAUUAAUUUAUUGAAUAUGUACGAAUAUAUGUAAAUGACUGUCAAUAAUCAUGUGUUAUCUAGUGAACAAUUGAAAUACAUAUACCUAAUUACUUUAUUUAAAUAAAUAUAUGUAUAAAUGUUAC